AGGGGCGGGGCCGAGGCGGGCCUCCGCGCUCCUCCCGCCCUCUCUGUGUCCGGACUCACCCUCCCCUUCCCUCCCCCACACUCGGCCCCGUCAGCGCCGGGGUGCCUUCGUCGCACAGCAUCGCGUCGGCCCGGUCCGGCCAGGCCAGCGGGCAGAUGCCCGGAGCUGCCGCCGCCGCGGCCGCCCACUCGGCCGGUGGCGGUGUGGGAGGCGGGCGCCCAGCCCGGGGCCGCUGAGUGUGACGAACGCGGCCAGGGACCCUGGGCCCCGGCGCCGGUGGCUCCGUGCGGACCAUGUAUUUUCUGAGCGGCUGGCCCAAGAGGCUGCUUUGCCCUCUGGGGAGCCCGGCCGAGGCGCCUUUCCACAUUCAGUCCGACCCGCAGAGGGCUUUCUUCGCCGUGCUGGCCGCGGCCCGCCUCAGCAUCUGGUACAGCCGACCUAGUGUGUUAAUUGUAACCUACAAGGAGCCUGCAAAAUCAUCUACUCAGUUUGGAUCCUACAAGCAAGCUGAAUGGAGGCCAGAUAGUACCAUGAUAGCUGUAUCAACAGCAAAUGGAUACAUCUUGUUUUUUCAUAUUACAUCUACAAGAGGGGACAAGUACCUUUACGAACCAGUGUAUCCCAAAGGAAGUCCACAAAUGAAAGGGACACCCCAUUUUAAGGAAGAACAGUGUGCUCCAGCAUUAAAUUUAGAGAUGAGGAAAAUACUGGAUUUACAAGCAUCCAUCAUGAGUUUGCAGUCUGUGUUGGAAGAUCUCCUGGUUGCUACUUCUGAUGGACUUCUUCAUCUUAUUCACUGGGAAGGAAUAACAAAUGGAAGGAAAGCCAUUAAUCUUUGCACAGUACCCUUUUCUGUAGACCUGCAGUCAUCUAGAGUAGGUUCAUUCCUGGGCUUCACAGAUGUACACAUCAGAGACAUGGAAUACUGUGCCACACUUGAUGGGUUUGCUGUUGUAUUUAAUGAUGGUAAAGUUGGAUUUAUUACACCAGUGUCAAGUAGAUUUACUGCAGAGCAGCUUCAUGGAGUUUGGCCACAAGAUGUUGUUGAUGGAACAUGUGUAGCAGUAAAUAACAAGUAUCGACUAAUGGCAUUUGGCUGUGUGAGAAAAAAAAACAAAACUAUUUUUGAAUUUCUGAAGCAACUAUUUAUUUUUAACUCUUCUUACUAUUUCCUAACAGACAUUUGGAAUAAAACAGGAGCUGUUAAAUUGAUGAGGUGGUCUCCUGACAAUAGUGUUGUAAUAGUUACCUGGGAAUAUGGAGGCCUUUCUUUAUGGAGUGUGUUUGGAGCACAGCUGAUUUGUACACUUGGAGGAGAUUUUGCUUAUAGGUCUGAUGGCACCAAAAAGGAGCCCCUUAAGAUCAACUCCAUGAGCUGGGGUGCAGAAGGCUAUCACCUAUGGGUAAUCAGUGGAUUUGGCUCUCAAAACACUGAAAUUGAGUCUGACCUCAGGAGUGUAGUAAAACAGCCCAGCAUCCUGUUAUUUCAGUUUAUUAAAAGUGUACUCACCGUAAACCCUUGUAUGAGUAACCAAGAGCAGGUAUUGCUUCAGGGCGAGGAUCGCUUGUACUUGAACUGUGGAGAGGCUUCACAAACCCAGAAUCCCAGGAGUUCUUCAACACACUCUGAGCGUAAGCCCAGUCGAGAAAAGAGCCCAUUUUCAAAUGGAGGUUUAGAGUCUCAGGGAUUAAGCACUUUACUUGGACAUCGGCAUUGGCAUGUUGUACAGAUUUCCAGCACCUAUCUAGAGAGCAAUUGGCCUAUACGGUUUUCAGCUAUUGAUAAGCUUGGACAGAAUAUUGCUGUGGUUGGCAAGUUUGGUUUUGCACAUUACUCUUUACUCACCAAAAAAUGGAAACUUUUUGGAAACAUUACCCAGGAGCAAAAUAUGAUUGUGACAGGUGGCUUAGCCUGGUGGAAUGAUUUUAUGGUCCUUGCAUGUUAUAACAUAAAUGACCAUCAAGAAGAGCUUAGAGUAUACUUGCGAACAUCAAAUCUGGACAAUGCCUUUGCUCAUGUCAUCAAAGCACAAGCAGAAACAUUACUGCUUAGUGUCUUCCAGGACAUGGUAAUAGUAUUUAGAGCAGACUGUUCAAUAUGCCUUUACAGUAUUGAAAGAAAAUCUGAUGGUCCAAAUACUACUGCUGGUAUUCAAGUUCUUCAGGAGGUUUCCAUGUCACGCUACAUUCCUCACCCUUUCCUGGUAGUAUCUGUCACUCUGACAUCAGUGAGUACAGAAAAUGGAAUCACCUUGAAAAUGCCACAGCAGGCUCGUGGUGCAGAGAGUAUUAUGUUAAACCUAGCAGGACAGCUCAUCAUGAUGCAGAGGGACAGGUCAGGCCCACAGAUCCGGGAGAAGGACAGUAGCCCUAACCAAAGGAAAAUUCUGCCAUUCUGUCCUCCUGUUGUACUAGCCCAGUCUGUUGAAAAUGUCUGGACAACGUGUCGAGCAAAUAAACAGAAACGUCACCUUCUAGAGGCCCUCUGGCUGAGCUGUGGUGGUGCAGGGAUGAAAGUUUGGCUCCCUCUAUUCCCGAGGGAUCAUCGCAAGCCCCAUUCUUUCUUGUCCCAGCGGAUCAUGCUGCCUUUCCACAUCAACAUUUACCCCCUAGCUGUUCUGUUUGAAGAUGCUUUAGUCCUUGGUGCUGUCAAUGACACUUUGCUCUAUGAUUCUUUGUAUACUCGGAACAAUGCUAGAGAACAGCUGGAGGUGCUCUUCCCUUUCUGUGUUGUGGAGAGAACCUCUCAGAUCUACCUCCACCACAUUCUACGUCAACUUCUGGUCAGAAACCUUGGGGAGCAAGCCUUGCUCUUGGCCCAGUCCUGUGCCGCAUUACCUUACUUCCCUCAUGUGCUGGAGCUCAUGCUCCAUGAAGUACUGGAAGAAGAAGCUACCUCACGGGAGCCCAUUCCCGACCCUCUCCUUCCCACUGUGGCAAAAUUUAUCACCGAGUUCCCCCUCUUCCUGCAGACAGUUGUCCAUUGUGCCAGGAAGACUGAAUAUGCCCUGUGGAAUUACCUUUUUGCAGCUGUUGGAAACCCUAAGGACUUGUUUGAGGAAUGUUUGAUGGCUCAGGAUUUGGACACAGCUGCCUCUUACCUUAUUAUCUUACAGAAUAUGGAAGUCCCUGCAGUAAGUAGGCAACAUGCCACCCUUCUAUUCAAUACAGCAUUAGAACAAGGCAAGUGGGACCUUUGUCGACACAUGAUUCGAUUUCUUAAAGCCAUUGGCUCUGGAGAAUCUGAGACACCUCCAUCCACACCCACAGCUCAGGAACCCAGUUCAAGUGGUGGAUUUGAGUUCUUCAGGAAUCGAAGCAUCAGUUUAUCCCAGUCAGCUGAAAAUGUUCCUCCCGGUAAAUUCAGUUUACAGAAAACACUAAGCAUGCCAUCUGGUCCCUCUGGAAAAAGAUGGAGCAAAGACAGUGACUGUGCUGAGAACAUGUAUAUUGACAUGAUGCUGUGGAGACAUGCUCGGCGCCUCUUAGAAGACGUGAGGUUAAAGGACCUUGGCUGCUUUGCAGCUCAGCUGGGCUUUGAACUAAUUAGUUGGCUUUGCAAGGAACGUACCCGAGCUGCCCGGGUAGACAACUUUGUAAUAGCCCUGAAGAGACUCCACAAAGAUUUCCUGUGGCCACUUCCAAUUAUCCCAGCCUCUUCUAUCAAUUCUCCUUUCAAAAAUGGAAAAUAUCGAACUGUGGGAGAGCAGCUGUUAAAGUCUCAGUCAGCUGACCCAUUUUUAAACCUUGAGAUGGAUGCUGGCAUCUCCAACAUCCAGCGAAGUCAGAGCUGGCUCAGCAACAUUGGCCCCACACAUCAUGAGACAGACACAGCUUCAUCCCAUGGACCACAAAUGCAAGAUGCCUUCCUGUCACCUUUAUCUAAUAAAGGUGAUGAAUGCAGUAUUGGUUCAGCCACAGACUUGACCGAAAGUAGCUCCAUGGUGGAUGGAGAUUGGACAGUGGUGGAUGAAAAUUUCUCUACACUCAGUUUAACUCAGUCAGAGCUGGAGCACAUUUCCAUGGAGUUGGCCAGUAAAGGGCCUCAUAAAUCCCAGGUCCAGCUUCGGUAUUUGCUACAUAUUUUCAUGGAGGCAGGGUGCCUGGACUGGUGCAUUGUUAUAGGCCUGAUUCUUAGAGAAUCCUCAGUAAUCAAUCAGAUUUUGGUUAUUACACAGUCUUCAGAGGUAGAUGGAGAGAUGUUACAGAACAUAAAGACAGGGCUACAUGCAGUGGACCGAUGGGCAUCUACAGACUGUCCUGGAUAUAAGCCAUUUUUAAACAUCAUUAAGCCACAACUGCAGAAGCUCAGUGAGAUAACAGAAGAGCAGGUCCAGCCAGAUGCCUUCCAGCCAAUAACUGUGGGUAAGACUCCUGAACAGAGUAGCCCCCGGGCAGAGGAGAGCAGGGGCUCCUCCAGCCAUGGAAGCAUCCCCCAGGGUGAAGUCGGGAGUAGCAGUAUGGUCAGCCGGAAAGAGGAGGACACAGCUGAAGCAGAGGAGGAAGAACCUUUUCAGGAUGGGACUUACGACUGUUCUGUGUCCUAACAACAGUGAGGUUCCCAUCACAAUGGGGCAGUAUUAAUUAGCAGCAGCAUGCAACUCUACGUUGUAACCUAGUUGGCUGAUUUAACAGGAGAACUCAGUUCAGAGACUCUUUGGUAAAGUAUUACUAGAUUUUAACUAAUUCUUGUCUAAGAAAUCUUUUUGACUCCAUAAAAAUGUGAUAUAAAGCAUCUUUCAUAAAAAAUUUUUAAGCUGCAGUGAAAAGUAAAUAUUGUACAGAUGUACAUGGGAAUAUUUUGGUUUUACUCAGAGGUUGGUAGCUCUUAAACCAUAGGAAUUGUUUUGUCCUAGGUGAGCUUACUUUUUCACUACUUACAGCUUCUUAUGUUUCCUGGUUCUGCAUAUGUCCAGACUGCUUUUUUAAAAAAAUGCUAAGGUGCUUGCUGUAGUUUAUCAGGUACUUAAGCUACCUACCUGUUUGCUCCCUUGGAUAGAGCUCGCUGGACUCCUUAAACAGUCCUCCUGAAUAGAUAUCUACCCUGGAGCACAGUAUGUGCCAGUGUGAUAGAAACAUUCUCCUUGGCUUUACUAGCCCCUUAAAUCCCAGUCCAGAAUUGAUGGAAGCUAUUGACCUGUGAGUUGAUGUGCUUGUUUUAGCAAGCUUGAUUCCCAUUAGAUCAGUGUGGGCACAGGUCUGUGGGAUUCUUCUCAAUUAUGCUGUUAGAUACCACUAAACAAUUUUAUAUUAAGGAACAGUAUCUUUUUGUGAAUACUCUUGUGUAGAUAUACCCAAAGGCACUGUUCAUAUUUUUAGGGCUUGUAUUGUAAUUUGUAAGCUUUUAAUGCUGGAUUCUGCAUGUCUACAAAGAUAGAGCUUGCUCCUCUUUGCAAGUUGAGGAAGACAGAUUUUUUUGGGUUGGUCAUGAAGUAAUAGAAAUGAUCACACUGAUCAUGAAAUGCAGCAGGUUUUGUGCAAAUUAAUGUAGUUUUAUUUAUUGCUUUUGUAAAUUGAAUAAAGAUGGACUUCUAUGUAAAUAGACUGCUGAAUCCUGUAUUAUCACAGCUACUAAAAAUUAGUAUGUAAAGAAUGCAUUCUUCAUUGUAAACUUAAAAUAUUUUAUGUACUUCUAGAAAUGACUUAAAUUUGUUUUCAUACAUUAUGAAAACAGAACUGCAUACUCCUUAAUUGCUUUAGACUAAACACACACAUCCACUGUAUGUAAUUCUAAUUAACUUAUAACAGUAUUAAUUUAGACAGCUUGUUUGUACUGUGCAAUUUGAACAAGGAAUGCAAUGUUAUUUUUUACAAAAAACUUGUUUAUUUUUAUAAUAACGAUGUAUUCGAUGUGGACCAAAUUCGUACCACUAUCUAAAACAACCCCUUUUUUCAUAGUGCAAUUGUAGUUUAGAAACAAAACUUGGUCCUGUCUCCUUGCUUUUUAAAGUAAAUGGCUAGAUUUAGUUGUCUUGACCAGGUUUCCUUUGAAGAAAAACUCAAAACCGUUUUGAAACUGCUUAGUUCAGAAUUCUUCAAAGUAUUUAAAAUUACUGAGUUGGGUAAUAUCCUGUCAUUUACUUUUACAUUACAAGUGCAAUAAUUUCACAAAAUAAAACUCCCAAAUGGGUGGAGUAUGUGAUUAUUGGUACCUGGUCCUUCUGGUGCUAUUUUUAUUUAAGUUUUUGUUUCAAACCACCUUUCCCUGAAUCUUAAGAUAAUGUUUUGCAUGUGAGUACAUGCAGCCCAGCCAGAAACUGAACUCUCUUCUCCUGUUGUAGUCCAUUAAGGAGAAGAACCAGCAUUGCUUUUGUGUUUGGUGUGAAUAUUCAGUCAAUAAAAAUGAUUUACCAUUAUAAAGAGCUGUGAUCUUCUCAAAUAUCUUAAAUAAAACACUGUGCUACUGAGUUCAUCUCACAUUCUUGAAAGCAGGGCACCAGUAAGUUAACUGUAUUCCUGUGGGUUAGGCCAUGAAUCUUUUUUUUUUAAAUAAAAUAUUCCUUUUUCAACUAAUAGAAAUAGGUCCCACAGCAAGAAAUUUGGCAGGUUUACAGAAAAUUUGGUAAUUUAUUUGUUACAUAAUUUAAUUUUUACAACUCCAUUUUUAUUUUGUUGUGUUGCUUGGUUCACAUAUCAACUGUUUAAGCCAUAAUUUUAGCCAAUGAAUUUAAAUAUUCAGUAUAAUUAUUUGAGGUUUACUAGAUGCAUUUAUUAAUAAGUUAUUUGCUGAAACCAAAACAGGAAGUCAUUGGGGUAUGGGAAUAAAAUCAACCUUUGCUUUGUAAUUAAAGUUGCUGCUAUUUCUGUAAUGUGUAUUUUUCCCCACUUUGUAAAGGGCAAUAAAACCAUUACA